GGACGGGGCGGGGCGGGGGCUUCUGGGCGCCCCGGCCUGGCUGUGGGGAUAAGGCGGCUGUCCCGGCCUUUGCCCGGCACCGGAACCGGCGGGGGCCAUGGCGCUGCGCGGCGGCGGGCGCUGGGCGCGCCUGGGCUCGGCACUGCGCGGCCGCAGCUCGGGGCUGCGGCACGCCGGGGACACCCCACAGCACCGCGACUUGCGGGAAGCCCUCCGGAAGAUCAUUGACAAGGACAUUAAUCCCUUUGUGGAUAAGUGGGAAGAAGAAGGACAGUUCCCAGCACAUAAAGUGUUUAAAAUCCUGGGACAGGCUGGAUUCCUUGGUGUGGAUAAGCCAAAAGAAUAUGGCGGCAUGGGUUUGGACUUCUCCUAUCAUAUUGCAGUGGCAGAAGAGCUGGGAAAUAUCCAUUGUGGAGGUAUUCCCAUGGCCAUUGGAGUGCAAACUGGCAUGGCUACCCCUGCUCUUGCAAGGUUUGGUUCUCAUGAGUUGAAAAAACAGUUCCUUGUACCAACUGUAGCUGGUGAUUUUGUGGCUUGCUUGGGAGUCAGUGAAGCUGGAGCUGGGUCAGAUGUCGCAAAUAUCAAGACAACGGCUGUGAGAAAGGGUGAUGAAUAUGUCAUAAAUGGUGGUAAGAUGUGGAUUACGUCCGGCAGCCAGGCAGACUGGAUGUGCCUCCUGGCAAACACCAGCGAAGGACCUCCCCAUCAAAAUAAAUCUCUCAUAUGUCUGCCAAUGAAUCUACCUGGCAUUCAUAUUGCUAAAAAGAUCGACAAACUGGGUAUGAGGUCAUCGGACACAGCUCAGAUCUUCUUUGAAGACGUAAGGGUCCCCUGCAAGAACAUCAUCGGUGAGGAAGGAAAGGGUUUCAUGUACCAGAUGUUGCAAUUCCAAGAAGAGCGGCUGUGGGGAGUAGCCAGUGCCCUGACACCAAUGGAAAUGAUUAUACAAGAAACUAUUGACUACACACGGCAGCGGAAGGUGUUUGGCCAGCCUGUCCUGCACAACCAAACCGUGCAUUUCCGCCUGGCUGAGCUGGCAACCGAAGUGGAGCUGCUGCGCUCGCUGCUGCACCGCGCCGUGGCUCUCUAUGUAGAAGGCAACAAUGUGACAAAAUUGGCUUCCAUGGCUAAGCUAAAGUCAGGUCGUCUGGCCCGUGAAGUGACUGACAGCUGUCUCCAGUUUUGGGGAGGAAUGGGAUUCACCAGUGAAGUUCUCGUGAGCAGGCUUUACAGGGACUUGAGACUGAUGUCAAUAGGAGGUGGCACAGAUGAAACCAUGCUUUCCAUCAUAUGCAAAUACAUGGACAUACUUCCAAGAAAGUGACGCAUCUGCACUCUUCCUUGAAAAUUAAGAAAGCAAGAGCAUGACUUGUGCUGCACAGUGAAGGUGACAAGCAGCCACUACACUUCGAGCAGAAAACAGAUCAGUAAUUUUGCCAUCAGAAUGCACAUCAAUGUCUUUCACCAUUACCACUCUGUGCUUUCCAGUGUCAAAUUUUUGUUGAUAUGAAGCACUCUGAAAACUUGUAUUCUGUUUUCUCAGUGGGUUACCUAAGUUUUCCAAUGACCCAUGCUAAUCACACAGAAAAAAAGUAUGUUCUUUAAUCAAGCUUUAUCUACGCUUCAGAGCAUCUAUGCAGACAAUUACGAAACAGAACUUCCAUAUGAAUGGAAGCUAUGUAGCUUAAUUUCAUUUCAGUAUAGCUUUGCUUUCAAGAUGAACAAUCAUGGCACAAAUUAUUCCCUGCCAUAAUGAAACCCCAGAACAGUGCCUUUCCUCUCAAUUACAGGUACCUUCCCUAUCUUUCACUUUUAGCAAGCAAUCAUUAAAAUGAGCUCUGUCAUCUUUGCCAAAUCCGUAUCAAUUUGUACUCCACUCUGUCAUGGACUUUUGGUGAUGGGAGUUGUGUCAAAUUUUUAUUUGCAGAAUUCUACAAACAACUGUUUAAGUGUAUCUGAAGCUUGCGGAGGCCUGAACUUCAGCAGCAAUGUACCAUGUUUUGUGCAUUAGUGUUAAGAAAAAUAUUAAAAAUAAACACAUUAAUAAGAAAA